AUGUGGAUUGUCAACUGGUUCUACGAUGUGCUGUCCUCACUUGGACUUCUUAACAAGCACGCGAAGCUCCUGUUCUUGGGUCUCGACAAUGCCGGAAAGACCACUCUUCUCCACAUGCUGAAGAACGACCGUGUUGCCAUUCUUCAGCCCACUCUUCACCCCACAUCCGAGGAGCUCGCUAUCGGCAACGUUCGAUUCACCACUUUCGAUCUGGGCGGUCACCAGCAGGCCCGCCGUAUCUGGAGAGAUUACUUCCCUGAGGUCAACGGUGUCGUCUUCCUUGUCGACGCCAAGGACCACGAGCGAUUCUCCGAAGCCAAGGCCGAGCUCGAUGCCCUCCUCUCCAUGGAGGAGCUUUCCAAGGUCCCCUUUGUCAUCCUCGGAAACAAGAUCGACCACCCCGAUGCCGUCUCUGAGGACGAGAUGCGACACCAGCUUGGACUCUACCAGACAACCGGCAAGGGCAAGGUUCAGCUGGAGGGUAUCCGACCGAUCGAGCUGUUCAUGUGCUCCGUGGUGAUGCGACAAGGCUAUGGUGACGGUAUACGCUGGCUGUCGCAGUACGUGUAA